AGCCACGAGAUGUGAACUGCCACCAGAUCAGAACACUGGGCCUAGAUCUGUGGCCAUGGCAAAGCUCGAAUGGCAUGGGUGCAGUAGUGGCCAUUGCACUUACCCAAUUCUGGCCUUCCCCUGCCCCCCGCCUCCCCUCUUGCCCCUUGCACUUUGCAAACAUUGAUCAGUUCAGCAAUGGCACUCAUCUUGUGGGGCGGGGGGGACGGACAGAGGCACAGAGCGGGACUGGGAGCCAGUGGCAGUGAGUAGAAUGUCCCUUGUCCCUACUCCCUUGCUCUGAGCAAUAUAUAGCUCUCUCCAUGAGGGUAUUGCUGAGGCCAAGGUACUGCUGUGUGUCCCGGGGAAGAAGCAGAGAUAGGCUUUUGCCUAGUGUGAGACGGUUGAUCUAAGGUUGUGACCCACCUCCCCCUUCCUCUAUGACUAGCUAAGCAGCAAGGAAACAGUUUGUCCUGUGAGAUAACACAAUGGGAGGAAAUUCACUGUGUGAUCUCUGGAUGCAGGCAAAGAGGGAAAGGGGCUGGACAGGCGAGCCACAGGGGUAGGGGAUGUGGUGAGAACAUGCAGGUGGAUCGGUGUAGAGACCCAAGAAGCAGAUGCCGUUAUUUCUGCAGCAGGGGAGGGGAAGGGAUCUGAAAACCUUUUUUCUGUUUGUUUUUGAAAGGAGCAGGUGCACGUAGCCAAGCCAAGGUGAACACUCCAGCCCAGGGGUUAGGAAUGCAGCCAGCUCCCAGCCGAGCGGUUGUUAUGUGCUCACUCUUGGCUCUCUCCCCGACUGUUCGUUGCAGUGGUAAACAGGAGACACCUUAAAGGGCCGGAACAGUUCACAGCUGGGGCUUUAGGCCAGAUCCUGAGCUGUAGAAAGCUGUGUGACUCGCCCGAGUCUCCCCCCUCUCACCUCCCUGAUGAGUUACCAGCUGUUGGUGGCUGCAUGGCUGUCUGGAUGGAACCCAAAGCAACACUCUUUGGAUAGCAGGGAGCAGAAUCCUAGCCUGGGUUUCCUCCUUCAGCUCCAUAUUGCCCUGAAAACUCCUCUCUGUGCCUAGCCAAACUUUGGGAUAUACCUAGCUAGAGGUCAUUGCUGCGCAACCCUUUCCAGUUUGCAGCCACGUCCCAAGCAAGCUGGCAUGGGGGCACUCCAGGAGCUCAUGCUAGAGAAAUCCAAGGUACCCGCUAGGUCCUAGGGCCAGAUCUGCAAACGAGCUCUGCACAUUGGGCGCAAGUUGGGUGCUGGGAUCUCUUGCAAAUCUGUCUUCAGUGGCAGGGGCUGAGCCCCUCUGAAAGCCCCGGUCUGAGAGGCCUGAUUCCUGUGGGAGUUAGGGGCUGAAAUGCCUCUGGAGGAGUGUGCCCUUAGCGACCAUGGGACACACCAACGCUCAAGCCUUUCACUGGGUGACUGCUGAGCACACGAAACACUGAGGCUUUGCUCUCCAUCCUCACUCACCUAACAGCUUUCAGCCCGGCAGGCACAGCACAGCGAUGGGGCAGAUGUGAGUCUCAGCUCAGUGCAAUGGCAUGGUGCAGUCCUGCCCUCUCCUCUCCCAGACAAGGGCACUUAGACCAAUGGCUUAUGGAUUAACUCCUGUACAGAGUACAAAGCUCUUUAGCCCCUCAAGUCUUCCCCUUCUUCUGGGAAUAAUUCAGGCCUCUUCCCAUAAGCUCAGGAGUCCCACAGCCUCCUCCAUGGCCUGAGUAAUAAUUCAGGCAGGCUUACCUCCCUUGCAUUUGAGAGUCCCCCAGCCCCCAGCCCCCAUCCUGGGGCUCACUGGUCAGUCCUGCAGCCCUGCCCUGCCCUGCCCUGCCCUGGGAAAGCUCAGCCAGCAGUAGUGCUGAUCUCCUGGGGAAUCUCCUCUAGGUGCACCCGCUGCCAGCUGAGCUACCUUUCCUCAUGUCCAGGCACUCGUUAGCUGCCAAUCAGCCACCUGAGCAUGGCAUUAAUGACCUACAGGUGGGCUGAGAUGGGGUUGCUCUCCUUAAAGGAGCCAGCCACCCUGUGACAAACAGACUAAUGGGAAAAAGCAUAUUACCUGCUCAGAUGGUCAGGUCUAGUUACAGAACAGCACCCCCUGCCAGGAGAGGUUUUGGUACCUGCAGCAGUGUUAUUUUGGGGCACCCUUCAACCUUCUUCACUCAUUCCUCACCCCAGGCCACUGGGUACCCACACCUAAGCCCCAAAUACAAGGAGUCCUUUGAUGUGGGCAGCAACAUUUUUGCCAAGUUCUCUGCAUACAUCAAGAAUCCCCACAAGGAAGCGAAUGAGAAUUUUGAGAAGGCUUUGCUGAGGGAGUUCAAACGCCUGGAUACCUACCUGAACAACCCGCUCCCUGAAGAAAUCGACCAGGACAGUACUGAGGAAGUCCUGGUCUCCAAGAGGAAGUUCCUGGAUGGGAACAGGCUAACAUUAGCUGACUGCAAUCUGCUGCCCAAGCUGCACAUCAUCAAAAUUGCUGCCAAGAAAUACCGUAACUUUGAGAUCCCGGCGGAAAUGACAGGCAUCUGGCGCUACCUCCACAAUGCCUACUCCCGUGAUGAGUUCAGCCACACAUGCCCAGCCAACGAGGAGAUAGAACGCACCUAUGCCAGCGUUGCCAAGAAGAUGACCUAGGGGCAGCCAAACGAGCUGGUUUUUGAAACCCCUCUUUCCAUUGGAAACACUGCCGUGAAAGCUCCCUUCUUCUGAAUGGCCAUGCCAGUAGAACAGCCCAGUCCUGUCACCUGCAAACAUUUGGGGAUCUAGGAACUGGAGGAAUCAUUAUGAUGUAAUUAGUAACAGCCUUUCAGAAAAUAAUCCUGUGCUUCCAGCUGUUGCAGCUGACUGCACCCUGAUUUUACAGCUAUAAUCAUUGCAUGUAGCGAAAUGGCACCACCCAGCUGCCGAAGCAGCUGCUUUGUCAUUCCUUAGAGGCUAGGAUGCCCAACCUUUUUGUGGGAUCACCAACAUUUAUUGUGCAAAACUGUGCAGAACUGGUGACCAUGCGGCAUAGUGCGGUUUAAGUAUCCCCAUUUUGAAUCUGGAGGACGGGGUACAAAUGAUGUCUUAGAUCCCAGCAAAAUGGGUUUUCACAUGUGCAUAGAGUUUAGGCCAGAAGACACCAUCAGAGCGUCUAGACUUACCUACCCUGUAUAACACAGGGCAUUACAUUUCACCCACUUACCCCUGCUUUGAGCCCAAUCACUUGUGUUUGGCUAAAGUAUAUUUUCUGGAAAGGCAUUUGAAGACAUUAAGAGAUAGAGAAUCCACCACUUCCCUGGAGAGUUUGUGCCCAUGGUUAAUCACCUUCACUGGUAAAAAGGCAUGUGCCUGAUUUCUAAUUAGAAUUUGGAAACGCACUAUCUAAUUGCUGUGUAAAGAUAGUGUGCUCAAGAUGUGCACAGGGCUGCACCAGCGGGGGCUGCUCUAGGUGAGGAAUGAGGUGCCCUGGUGGAGCUGUGUGAAGGCUCCAGCAUGAGAGGCUCUGCAAGUCACAAACAUACCAACAACAGACACUGAACUACAGUGCUUUCCCCUCCUCCAAAACCAGGUUUCCAUUGCUCUGUCUCCACUGACUUCAGUGGAGCUCCUCCUGAGGCAUGUAGGUGUAGGUUCGAGGUGUAUCAGGCUCACACAUAUCACAAUCUCAAUACAGAGCGCCAGCAGCAAAGAACCAUUUCUUAUACAAAGUUCACCCGGUAAGUGUCAGUGCUCAGCUUGGAAACUCUUGCAAGAGAUCUGCCCCAGUCUUAUUGCUGGAAUGUGCACUGCUAAGACUCAGGUGCUCCAUCUCCUGAUCUCCAUAACCCCGCGCAGCAACGCAGCUUGAUCAGGAGAGGUUCCCCUUUCACGUUCAGGCAGUGCCGGAGUUUUACAUGAUUUCACAGUCUGCUGCCCACUUUCCCCUGAUCCCACACAAGCUGUACCCACCUGCCCAGCCAACCAGGGUGGACAAAAAUUCAUUUGCUUUCUAAAACAAAAGGGUUUUUAUAAUUGAUGUGCAGUGUAUCAAGGUCAAACCGUGUGUGUGUGUGCACAGAGCACCCAGGCCCACUUCCAUAGCUGGGGGAGCCUAGCACAGUUCCACUGAAGGGCAAGACCAGCUAAGGAUCUGGCCCACAUAAGCAUGGCGUGACUGAUGCUGGCUCAAGAACUACAACCCUUUUCUACCACUGCAACCUUGGGGAUUGCUGCUAGCUCUGGCAUAGUCCAGGAGGCAACUGACAGAGGUUUGCUGGGAGGGGCUGGCCCAGUGCUCAUGCCAGCCCUGCCCCUUGCCACCCAGCAUCACCCACUCUUUGGUGUGAACUGGCUACCUACGGGGGCCCACGGGAUGUUGGGGACAUUUUGCACUCUCCUCUCCUCCAUUAGAUUUGUGCUGCUGGGGCCUCCUGCCAAAAUCUAUACCCAGGAAUCUGCCUCCUCCACCAAAAUAGUACAGAAACCAGUGGCAACGUAAAUAUUCUGUAGAAUGCAGUGGCCUGCCUAUAAUAUACUGAGCGUUACAGAUCUGCACUGUGCUCUGAGAUGGUAAAAGCCCCCUAGAAAACUCACUAAGCUUCUCUCUUACUUGUACUUUUGCACUAAAAAGUGUGUGCUCGCAAUUCUGCUUUUGAUAUAUUUGUUAGUUUCGUAUUCAUUCAAGUGAUAAUAAACUUUAUUUUAUAUACAACUUUCACAACCCGGCCCCAGACUGCUGUCCAGGAGAUGCUGAGAGCUAGAGAAAGCAGUAGAGCAUGAAAAGGUGUGUGGUUGUGCUGGGAACAUGAGGAAGUGAAUAUUAAUUGCAUUUCUAAAAUAAACAGUAAUAAUAAC